CUAACCGACAGCGUCAUUACGUCACUCUGCAUCCGAACCCAGACCAGUCGCAGCCAUUUUCCUCCGCGAAAUAAACUUCAAUCUCUAUGCUAGACGGGAAAAACCCCAAAUACUUCAGAAGAUUCCGUUGACGCUAAAGGACACGUCGCUGUGAGCCGCAGCUCGAGUGGAACCGGGUUUCAAGUCUUCGCUAUUCGGUUCAACUCAAUGGCUUAGCGUGACUCUUAACAGCAACUAACCCAGACAUCUCUUCCCUCUGUCCCUUGCUGUCUUCUGUUACUACAGGUAGCAGGGAGACGUAACAUAAAGGGACCCAUACUCCUUUUGCUUGCCUCAACCCCAAUCCCCUCCUGAGGCACGAUGGAGCCCCAGGCUUCCCAGGGGCAGCUAGGAGCAGAGGGGGAUUGUGGGAUGUCAAAUCUACUGGUACCCAGUCCCCAGAGCGAGGCGGUGACCCAUGAGAUGGAGGAGCUGUCGCUGCAGCCCACGCAGAGUCUGCCACCGCUCAAUGAACGCAAAAAUGUGCUGCAGUUGAGGCUUCAGCAACGGCGAACCCGGGAGCAGCUGGUGGAUCAGGGCAUCAUGCCACCUCUGAAGAGCCCGGCAGCUUUCCAUGGGCAGAUUCGUAGCCUGGAGAGAGCCAGGACAGAGAAUUUCCUAAAGCACAAGAUCCGCAGUCGUCCAGAGAGAGCAGAGCUGGUCAGGAUGCACAUCCUGCAAGAAACUGGAGCAGAGCCCUCACUGCAGGCCACCCAGAUGAAGCUGAAAAGGGCCCGCCUGGCUGACAACCUCAAUGAGAAGAUCGCCCAGAGGCCAGGCCCGAUGGAGCUGGUGGAGAAAAACAUCUUGCCAGUGGAUUCCAGCCUUAAACAGGCCAUUAUUGUAGGACAGGUGAAUUAUCCCAAGGUUUUGGAUGAAGACAGUAGUGAUGCCCUGUCUCCAGAGCAACCAGCCAGCCAGGAGUCUCAGAGCUCUGUCCCUUCACCAGGGGACAACAAAAUGCCAGAGACGCCGUCACCUGUCAUGGCACCAGCACCACCACCCAGUACCAUUCUGCAGGCCAUCCCAACAACAGACUUCAUGAAAGUGAUCUCCACCAAUGAGCAGCCUGCCAGCCGCCCAGCUGUCACUCCUGUUCAGCCAGUCACUACAGUUGCUCCCCUAAAACCAGGCCCAAUGCUGGUGAAACAAAGCCAGCAGAAAGCUGCGUCAGAGAAGAGUCGCAGUAAGAAGGGCAAAGAGCCAAAGCCAAGGGUGAAAAAGCUCAAGUACCACCAGUAUGUUCCACCAGACCAGAAGCAGGAGGCCAGUGAGGCGCCCAUGGACUCGUCGUAUGCCCGACUUCUGCAGCAACAGCAGCUGUUCCUGCAGCUGCAGAUCCUCAGCCAGCAACAGCAACACUACAACUACCAGACUAUAUUACCAGCACCUCUCAAACCUGUGGCAGAGGGUCAGAGCAACAGUGCCGGCACGCUGCCAACUUCCAUUGUGGUGUCUUUGCCCACUGCACCUCCACCUCCCCCACUGCCUUCAGCUCCGGCUCGGCCAAACAACUCGCUGUCCAACCGCAAGCCAGGAGUCUUGCCUGCCAACCUGGAAGAGAUGAAGGUGGCUGAGCUAAAACUGGAGCUCAAGCUGCGUGGCCUCCCUGUGUCAGGAACAAAGACCGAUCUGAUAGAAAGACUGAAGCCUUUCCAAGACAAUCCCAACACCACUGCUCCUACCACCAUUCCUGCUCCUGCCACUACCGCCUUCUCCGCCAUCCCCAUGGAGGUCACCACAACUACCACCCCUGCCAUAGUACUUCCAGUCCAGCAGGUGACUCCAGAGACUAUAAGCUCCACGCCGCCGGUCUCACCCCUUCCCCCUGAGCCCUCCAUCCUCCAGCAGGAUAUAAGUAUGUCCGAGGCUCCGUCUGAAAUCCACAUGGUGAGCUCCAGCUCAGUAGGCCCGCAGUCCUCACCUCUUCCACCUUUUCGCGUCCCAGAGGAAAAGGACAGGAGGCUCCAUGAGAAGGAGCGGCAGAUAGAAGAGUUGAUGAGGAAGCUGGAGCAGGAGCAGAAGUUGGUGGAGGAGCUGAAGAUCCAGUUAGAGGCAGAGAAAAGAGGUCAGGGUGGCAGCGCUGCCGACUCUGUCUCUCUACCUCCUCAGCUCACAUCUAUACCUGCCAUGAACUCUGUUCCUGCUGUCCUCAAUUCAAAUGUAGUAAAAAUGGAGGGUACCGUCCUGUCAAAUUGUUCGUCCACCACUGCUACCAUCCCAAACUCAAUCCUGUCCUCCCAGGCACUCGGAGCCCCCUUGCCAACAGUGGUGAAGUUGGAGGAUGUCACGGUUUCUUCUGGCAAAGCAUUGCAGCUUCAGACCCAAACACAGCUCAUCACCCAGAUCCAGCCCCAAGCCCAGCCCCAAGUCACCACCAGCCCUCAGCUCAUGCCCCAACCCCAGAAAAGUCCCAAACUGCAGACCAAGCCUCAGUCGCAACCUGCGGCCUCCAGUCUGCAGCAGUUCUUCAUAAGCCACCCAGGGGGGAUGUCCCAGGUGCUGGGUCAGCCUCAGACCCUGUUAACUACAUCUGGGCAACCUCAGACUCUGCUGACCACCACGGGCCAGGCUGGAACUCAGAUCCUCCUCCCUGUGUCACUUCCCAACAAUGCUACUACAAUCCAGCUGCCAAGCACCACUGUCAGCCUGCAGCCUGUUCUACAGGCCACAGUCUCAAAUCCAGGACUGGUCCAUACUCCAGUUCCUCAGCUGCAAACCACUAAGAUGGAGAUGGCACCCAGCCAGCAGCCGCUGCUACAGACUUUGACUAUGUGCAAUAACCCUACUGGUUUGGAGAACCACAACAGGCCUGAGUUGAAUCCCCAGUGUUUCCUGAGGAGCUCCCCAGAAAACAGAAUCUCUCCACGGGCUUCACCUAACCACCGCAUCUCUAAUGGACCCCUAAAUAAGUCUCCCUCUCCUCAGCCCACCUUCAUACUGCAGCCCACCUCCCUGGUUGCUCAGCCUCCCAAGACAAGAGAGCCUCCACGCUAUGAGGAGGCCAUCAAACAGAGCCGUAACAUGCACAUCAACAAUGUUUCACAGGUUCCCUUGGCAACCAGUCAGCAAAUGGAUGACUUGUUCGACAUCCUCAUAGAAAGCGGAGAAAUCACUCCAUUUAUCCAGCAGGACCCUCCAGUGCCUCUCACUAAGACCCUUCCAGUCACAGCCAGCAUCACCACUCUUCCAGUCAACACCGCUCUGUCCAGAGCGCCCCCACAGAUCCAGGUGGCUCCCCCUCCCACCCUGAGCUCCAUCAUCAACCCCACCUUGCCCAGCCUGUCCUCUCUGGCUACAGACAAUCAGCUCGAGGCCUUCCUGGAGGGGACUCUGGCUGAAACGUCGCCGGCAUCGGACCCGCGCACACAGGGCCUGAUGGAGGAGCUGCAGGCCCAGUUAAUGGACCAGCAGCCCUACUCGCCCAUGGACACAUCAGACCUGUCUUUCUGUGACUCCUCGCCUCCAUCCUCGCUCAACAUGGGCCUGUCUGACCCGGCCCUGGACAACAUGGAGUGGCUGGACCUCACCAUGCCUCCGGGUCCUGCCGGGGCGCUCACGCCGCUGGGGAUCCCGACGGACUUCCUGGAUACGCAUGACCUGCAACUGCACUGGGACUGACGGAGGUUUGGAUAAGAAAGAUGGAGGAGAGUUUGCAGUGCAGCUGAGCCAGGCGGGAGAGAUGGAUGGAUGAAGAGGAAAAGGAAGAGACGGACAGCUGCAAAGAGGUUGGGUUACCACAUUUUAAAUAAAGGAAGAGAGAACAUGGCAUUGCUGUGCCAUAUCACUCUUAUCAGUGCAUCCAUGCCAUCUGUAAUAUUCCCACUAAUCUCCAGGAGGAGAUGCUGUACAGGCUGGUUUAAGAGGAACUACAAGUAGGAGUUUGCACAGCUUUAAGAGAGCCUGUUAUUGGCAGGAAAACAUCCACACUAAGGUGAUCGUGGUCACUCGUAGUUUUUGUGAUAAAGGGAUUUUAGACAGCGUUGACUUUUUUUUUGGUGUCUGAUGUCAUAAGGAUCAUUUACAGAGCCAAGGAGACAGAGCCAAAUUCAGACUGAUAGAGCAGACUGUUUGUAAAUACAGUUCAAGCCACACUUAUGAAUGAAAAUCGUGUCCAUUUUAUCGUCUAAGCACAGUAGCUAAAUGUGUAAAAGGAUUUCUGGAGGUGGUCUGAUAAGAAGGCCUUUGUUCCACUGAAGCAUACUGUGCCAUAUGAGGUUACAAAAGCUGGUGGCUGCAACAGAACUCAGUCUAAACGAUGUUUCAGACUACAGAAAGCUGUAAUUAGCAACUGAAAGGAGAUUCGAUUCUCAAUAAAGAGCAGUUUGAGGCCUGCCCUGGGAUUAUCAGUGCUUUAGGAUGUCAGUACUGACCACCUGGGACAGCUUAGGCUAAACCAGUCUAAGUGCUUUGAGAAGUUACCUCAGCCUGUCUGAGGUGCUGGACAGUCGUGUCCAUCUGCUCCUUCUUGAUCCGAAGCCAGACGUCCUCAGUAAGUCAAUCGGUCACCAAGCCAAGAUGUAAAGAGAUUCCUAGAUGAGAGCAGGUCAAGCCUCUGUUCACACUGGUUCCACUUAACUGUGGAUGGCAUGUUUGCUGACUAAUCUGAUAGGAUUGUAUCAGAUGUGACUGUUUUCUUCUGACCUAUCAUGACCCCCACCGGUCAAGCUGAACAACCAAUGACUAAAUAAAGAUUCGACGAGAGGAGGGAGCUCCUCCAUCAAUGUGAGAGCUAUGCACUAAAGAGGCUGAGAGAUCAGACGAUACGCCUCGUCCACCUCAGAACAAGGAAAUGUGAACACUGCAUAUCCAAAGUGAUCAGCGUAUGGAUCACGUUGCCACCUCUGGAGAUACUGCAGCUUUCCAAGUCUCUUAUUUUGAAUGUACUUUUAAGAAAUAUCUUUAAAAAAAAAAAAAAAAAAAAUAGGACUCAAAAAAGGUGGCAGCUUUUUUUUCCUUUGAUGAGUAAACUGACAUAAAACAGCGGAAAGGGAACAAGUAUCAGUUUAUGCAGACACCCCUCCAUAAUAGGUGUGCUGCUAGUUAUAUCAAGGAAUAAAGAUGUCUUUGACGAGCUUUAUAUCUAGCUGUCCUACAAUAUCCCUGCACUUUGUCUCUGUGUGUGUGUGUGUGUGUGUGCGUGUGUGUGUGCGUGUGUGUCAGGAUGGGAAAUAACUGCAUCACUAGCCUACAAACAUGCUAGUUAAAAAUUGCCUGCAGCCGAUGAGCUAGUUUGCUUUGCUAAGCCUUUAUCAAGCAACCGACAGCCCCUUGGAGGAAUCAGAAUAUUCUAAAGUGAUGUCUGGCUGGUAAAAUAGCCGAACAUCUGAUGCAUCAGCUACCGCAGCCUGUAGACAACGUUAGAUUCCUGACUGUGUGUGAGAAGCAAGCAUGUUGUGUGUGUGCAUAUGUGUGGACUUGUCUUCCUGUCCCUUGCAUGUACAUCUGUGUCCCUGUGUGCAUGAUUGUAUUCACGUUUAAUUUCUGGCUGUUUCAAGCUCUUUGUCGGCUUUUGCCAUGAAGUUGUCUGAAGAAAUUUGCUGAUAUCAAAUCAAAUCAUUUGCUAACCACUCGGCUUAUUCCAAAUUUGGCUCUUUAAAAGGCCUCUGAUGACUGUUUUACUGUUUGAACGUGUGUCCUGCAGUCAGAAACACACAGACACCUUUGAGGCAUGAUGCACAGUGAGGAGCUGGUGAAGAGGGCUUUUUUAUUUAACUUCAUUUUUAAUUGAUCGCCUCCUAUUCCACUCACUGUUUCUGUUCACACCUGAGUAUUGAGUUACUGAUUUGGCAUCUCAGUCUAUUUAUUCUUUGGGGACUGAUACAGUUUAAUUGUAUGGCACUUUCAAAUCAACCUUUUGUCUUUUUUCUUUUUUUUUUUAAUCUGUCAGUGAAAUCUUCAGUGAAACCACGUUUACAUUUUAACCACUCUAUCCUGUUAUUACAUCCAUGGGCAGUAGAGGGCGGCGCUGCUCUUCUCUUGUCUCUUCAUGGCACAUUUUCAACCGCAACUUCAGGGUCAUUUCUCACAGCAAAAAAACUGAAACGAGGCUGACUUUUUGUUUUGCGUUUUAAAGAAAUGUAUUUUCUUGCUUGUAUAAUGCUGAUUUACCGUCAGCAAUAAUGCAGACACCUGAGCACACUGAUUGAGAGCCCUUUACAGUGUUUUGUCAGAGCUGCUGCAGUUACACAUUUAUUAUCUGACCAGGCCAAGACACACGGAUGUGUUCAAAUCCAACAUGUCUGACCAUCUGAAAGAGUUCAUGCCAAAUACUGUCUACACACACUUUCUUCUGGGCUUCUAGUGUUGUAUUUUGUGUUCCAGUUGUUUUCUACAAACCUGUGUAAAAGGUGGAGUAAGACAAUCUCGAGAGAGUUUGUUGAUCCAAAACACAACAGAGUAAAAACGAGAGAGAAUUAGAGAAAAGCUGAGGUUGGGUGUCUUGGUCCGUGUCCAUAAGCAAAGAAGCAGAGCACAGUGGUGCUGAAACAGACUUUUUGCUCAACAUUUCAAAAAUUCAGUUUAUUUAUAUAACUUAUGUAGUUUUUUUCUUAAAAAUCGGGCUGAUGUAAGACAGACAAUGACAGGUGUGCAAAAAAAGUCAGAAAACUGAAUAAAAACUUGUUUGUAGCUAAAUAAAAUGAUAUAAAAUACUACAAAAAAGGCAAGCAGAAACCAGGAUGACAUCUUGUAAUGUUAAUUUCUAACAUAAAUAUACAUAUAAAACUAGAAUAUUAAGACCACUAAGUGCACGUCUUUAGCAUGGAAGUUUUUUUGCCUUUAACAUUUACAGUCAAGUCCAAAAUUAUUUAUACCCCUAAAAAUUUUGACUUAAGUUACUUUUAAAUGUAGAUAAAAGCUGAGAAAUUAUUUUUUUCAAAAUGAUGCCUCUUGUACAUCAUCUUAUUAUCUUUUGAGAAACACCUGUGUCAUUUCCAAUCAAAAAAUCUUGCUGAUUGAAUAAAAGUAACUUUAAGUCAAAAUUUCCUAUCAUUAUGAAUAAUUUCGGGCAUGACUGUAGUAUCUGCCCAUACUGAGUCUCAGUCGAUAUGUUUUUUCUAGUUUAAUAGUCUAUGGAAUUCACUCUCACUUAGGAAAAUGUGAUAAAGUAAGGACUUUAUAGGGUUGUCCUGUACACAAGCAAAAACUCCCUGUUGUUGGUCGGCUGAAAUAGAUUUGUAUAAAUCUGGAAGAGCCACUUUGUUUGUCUCAUUUAACCAAAGCUGUGCUCAAACAUAUUCUUUUUAAGUGCACACAAAACAGACAGCCAGUGUGGACAUAUUUACACAGUUUGACAUGAAGUGUGUUUGGGUAGAAAGUCUUACUCCACCUUUAAGAGCUUGGUCUCCUCUGGUUUGUCCUACUUUUGUCGUAUGGAGGCGUUUGGACCUCAGACUACCUGCUUGCAAGUCUGGUUGUAUUUCUUUGAUUCCACUUUGCAACGUGCUGUGCUAGACGAGCAGAAAGUUCAUGUGUCUUAGAUGACGAGUUUGUCUUUGUCUUCUUCGGCAUGUCAGCUUUAAAGCUGUCAUAUUUGUUUUUUUGUUCGCCAAAAAAGGCAGUGGAACAUCUUAUUGAAUUUUUAUUAAGUUUGUGACAUUUUUUAAAAAAUAUUUAUCUCUUUUUUUUUUUUUUUAGGGUUAAAAGUCAAAUUUAAUCCUGUUUUCAUGCUUAUGUUAAAUGUGUAAAAGAAGACUUUGUGUGUAUAUUUUUGGUUUGCAGAGUUUUUUUUUUUCAUUUUAUAUUUCAUAUCAUAUGUACACAAAUCUCAUGGCUGCAGUAAAUCCCCACAUGUAUGUGAUUUACGCUCGAUGUGACGCCACUCACCACUCACCAUUGUUGGCUGCUGACCGGCCAGACAAGGACAGCGAAAAGCAAUAAUGGCUGCUCUCCCCGUGAUGUACUGUACUGUAUGUCAGAUCCUGCCUUGAUUUUAUUAACAUAAGAGCCUUUACUCCAGAGUAAUAGAGUUUAAAAGCACUUCAUAUCCGAGUGGUUCAGCGGGGGGUUUGUUGAAUAACCCUCUUAUGUGUGGUAGAUUUGUGGAAGCACCAUCAGUCUGAGGAACUCUGCAGGUUCUUUCACUGUCGACUACUUGGAACGCGACAGCUGCUGGCUCAGGCUUCCUGCCAUUGAUUUCAGCUCCUCCUCGUUCACCUUCACCGCUUAUCAUCAUGUGAGCGUUUUUUUUUUUUCUGAGCUAGAGAUCGAAGCUCUCGAGUCUCCGCCGUCAUCAGCUGAUUUUACAGUGAAGGAUUUGCGUUGCUCAUCGUAGCCGAGUCUCCUCUCUGUCUCCGCCACCCACGCCAUGCCUCUUGUUGUUUGUAAUGCCAUAUGUUUUGCACAUUGUGUACAUAUUUAUAUAGAUGUAAUGCAUAUUUUUAUACAUGUGUAACAUCCAUUGGGCUCUCUAUUUUGUAAAUACUCAAAAAGAUGUAUAUAAGUACUGUAUGCUUUUAUGUGUCAAUAAAAUUUGGUGUACUGUGAAUAAGCCUCCGCAGAUUGAAUUCAUCUCAACAUUUUAAGCAACUGAUGAGAAACAGAAGCGGAAGAAUGAAGGGAACUGUAUAGUUGCAGGUCAAAUUGACCCAUUUUAAAGUGACAAAAUGUUUGUUUGUUUUUUUUAAAGUAUUUUUUCAGUAUGAAAGGUCUUCUGCUUGGCUUAAUAAGUGUAAAAUGGUUCAUUUCACAUAUUUGCAAACCCACUCUGAACAGAAGACAUGUCUUAUGUAAGUUUAUCAACAUCACUCCAUAAAAUGAAAAAAAUCUAAUGUAAAAUAAAAUAAUGUCAUGUGAAA